CAAUACCAUCGUCAAUGCAUUCAAAAUCCAUCUUGAAAUAGUCCCAGGCCGGAGUGCAGUUCGCUCGAUAAAGUAAAGAAUGUGCAAAAACGCCACCAAUCAGACUGAUCCUUAUUGCUCCGACAGCAUCCUGGAGGGUUCGGGUUACAGUCUUGUGUUUCUCCUCGGCCUCGUCGUCAACGGCGCUGCUCUGAGGGCCUUCGUCGCAAUGCGGGCCUCCUGGACCGACACCCACAUCUACAUGCUGAACUUGUCUCUGGCUGACUUCACCCUGGUCCUUUUCCUUCCCUUCAGGAUUUACGACGCCUUUUUCUGCCUGCCUAAAACUUUGCUCUGCACUUUCCUAAUUUUUAUUCACUACAUCAACAUGUACGCCAGCAUCCUGACCACGACAGCCAUCAGCGUCCACCGCUACCUGACCAUCAGGUUCCCUCUGCAGGCCAGAUCAUGGAAGAAGAAGAAGGAGGCAGCUGUCGCAGUCUGCUUGUUCAUCUGGGUGGUUUUAGUUUUAAUUGUUGUUGUUUUUCACGAGGAUAACCUUCCUGAAAAACUCUGGACUUGCUAUGAAAGAUGUAAAAAUAUCAGAAUCCGUCCACAAUUUACCUUUCUUCUGUUUUCUGUCGGCUACCUGGCUCCUCUGCUGACAAUUGUGUUCUGUUCUAGUCGGAUCAUCUGUAUUUUGGGGAAAGAGCAAAACAAGUCGGAGGGAAAGAAAAGCACUGUUGGUAUAGUAAAAGCAAACAUGAUUGUGUUUCUUGUCUGCUACACACCAUUCCACAUUGCGAUUAUAGUCAACUUUUUUUUAAGUGUGCCAUCAAAUUGGAAAUAUUUACCAGCUCAUGUGUUUUUGCAAGUGUCUGACUGGAUCGCCUCCGCAAAUUGCUGCUUUGAUUCCAUCAGCUACUAUUUUUUAUUAAGAAAUUUUUACACAUAAAUUAAUGAU